UCAGUGUUAGCCUGCACAAUGCAACGGGAGAUAAAAUACUCAUAAAUGUGAAGUCUGUGUUUAAUUUCCAACCCACAGCCAUGAAGGAAGACUCUGACGUACUUCCACGGGACCGGAGCCGUUUUUCAAGAUGAGAAUUCACUGCAAGAUUGUAGCGAUCAUUCUCUGUUUUGGAGUUUUGCUACUUUUGUAUCAUUUUGUAAGGAAUGCUGCGGGUGAGCCGCCUUUGAAACAAGUUGCAAAGGGAAAGUAUUUGCAAACUUCCUCUGGUUUGGGAAACGUUGUUUCUGUUGAGUUGGCACAAAACCCCCGUCCAGUGGCUCAGGUUUCACAAAAACAGCCACGUCUGAACAGAAAAUCAAGUAAACUACCAAAGAGAAGAGGGAGUAAUCAUGCAAACCCAAGGAGACCCAUUAAACCAAAGCCUCCCCGUAAGCCAGUUUCUGAGGAAUGGAUGCAUCUGGCCGUGGUGGCCUGUGGGGAUCGUGUGGACGAGACAUUGACCAUGCUGAAAUCAGCUCUUCUCUUCAGCAUCAAGAAGAUCAAAUUUCACAUAUUUGCUGAGGAUUCCCUAAAGCCACAGUUUGAAAAGGGGCUGAACAAGUGGCCUCAUCCAUUUACGUUAAAGUUUCAGUACAGCAUCUACUCAAUCACGUUUUCAGUGGGGAAUGCCCAGGAAUGGAAAAAAUUAUUCAAACCUUGUGCAGCACAACGGCUUUUUCUUCCGGUGAUCCUGAAGGAGGUGGAUUCUCUGCUGUAUGUGGACACUGACGUUCUCUUCCUGAGACCAAUGGACGACAUUUGGAGCUUUCUCAAAGAGUUCAAUACAACUCAGCUAGCAGCAAUGGCACCCGAACAUGAAAUACCGAAGAUUGGUUGGUAUAGUCGAUUCGCACGUCACCCUUUUUAUGGAAAGACUGGGGUGAAUUCGGGGGUGAUGCUGAUGAAUCUCACUCGGAUAAGAAACACCCUGUUUAAGAAUAGCAUGAUCCCGAGUGGGCUGGCCUGGGAGGAUCUCCUGCACCCUCUGUAUCAAAAAUACAAGAAUCAUAUCACCUGGGGAGACCAGGACUUGUUGAAUAUCAUAUUCCAUUAUAAUCCAGAGUGCCUUUAUUCAUUCCCCUGUCAGUGGAACUACAGACCAGACCACUGUAUGUACGGCAGUAACUGCGCUGGGGCAGAGGAAGAAGGAGUGUCCAUCCUCCAUGGAAACCGUGGGGUUUACCAUGACGACAAACAGCCAGCCUUCAAAGCUGUGUAUGAGGCAAUACAUGAUUAUCCUUUUGAAGAUAAUUUGUUCCAGUCGAUGUUCUAUCCUCUCCAAACAAAGUUUCUAGAAACUGUGAAUACGUUGUGUGGUCGGAUUCCACAGGUGUUUCUGAAACAGGUUGAGAAGACAAUGAGGAAAGUUUAUGAGCAACGUGUAAUUGUCCACCUGAAACACCCUCAGAACUGAAGGAAACUUUCCAGACUUUUCUACACAAACUGCAAGCAAUUGCAAAGGCAUGUUGUUUUUAAAGCCUGCAAAUGACAAUGCCUGCUUGAAGCUCAGAAUGGAACCACUUAGUCCUCACUUUCCCAGAGAGGAACUCAAAUUGAGUGCAAUAUGAAGAAGCCGAAAAACUGAUUUUGUCAGCCCUUUAGCACAAAAUCAGUAUUAUCUUUUUUUUUUUUUUUUUUUUUUUUUUUUUCCCUGAUAUGGCGUAAAUUGUAUGCAAGUCGUACAACAAAUUGGUUUUAUUUUCAGAGAGAUGUGCCAAGGCAAGGUAAUAUAAGCAAUCAGCAUUUUGUAGACCUGAAAAUGUAUUUAAAAGCAGUCCAUCUUAAUAGCACUGUACGGGCCUUAAGAGCUUUACCACAGAUGUACAGAGAAUGGUGCAAGCAACAUAGUUAGUUCAUAAGACUGACAAACAAGUGUUUUAUUAAAUAAAUACAUUGAUUAUUCUUUGCAAUUGAGCUACACUGCCAGAUUUGGUAAUAGAGCACAAUAGUGUAACUGUAGAGUGUAAACAGCCGACAUCUGCUAAUAACUCAACAGGUUAACUAUCUCUGCUGUACACUUGAAUUCAUCUCAUUACAUAAUCUUUAAAAAUGGCAGCUUUUUGUAUUCCAUUGCUGGUAAAAUUGAUGGGUCUUGCUUUGCUGAUGCAUGUAUUUCAUGAAAGAACAAGGAAUACCUCAGGAAAUUGUGUUUGGAAUUUGAUGUAAUUUUAAUUACAUAGUGAAGCUGCCACCCGUUGCAUGAAACUAUUGAGGCUCUGUCCUCAAAACACCAAAAAAACCUAAAAUACAAUCACAUACAAGAAGCCCACUGUAUACAAUUGUAACAUAAGAAGUUUAGAUCUGCUUUAACUGGUGCUAAUUAAGUGAUAGAGAAGAUGCAUAAUUCAUACCUAAUACAUAUGGUGCCACUACUAGAGUAUACACUUUUUUUUAGCGUGUGGGGUAAAAAUGGCAACAUUCUGCAGCUACUUUAAAACUAGCUGUGUGCAAUUUAAAAAUGUUUAUGAAAUACUAUGCUUAGGAAUCAGACAGAAAAUCAUAUUUAACCUAAUGGUAGCUACUGUGUUCAAAUAGCUUACUUUUAGUCUUUGCGAAAUGUGUGCAAAGACUGCAGUUUAAUGAACAAAUUUGCAGAAUAAUUUGAAAUAUUCUACUUAGGCAAGGAUACAUGGUCAGAUCCAGUGGAAAACCAAUAAUAAUAAUAAACGCCUAUUUUCCCACUACACUGUGGCAUUUUCACUCUCUCAAAACCAUGCCACAAAUAUGUGCUAUGGUAGUAUUGUGCAUUGCAUGGCUGAUGCUGUCACAGUGGAGUGAGAACACAAAGCCAUCAGUGUUGUGGAAACAAAGACAUUUCAAAACAAGGCCCAAGUGUUCCAGCUGAAACUUUGUACAAUGCAGACUCUUUUAAAAGUGUUAUAUCUUUUAAGCUGCUUUGGUAAAAAUAUCUUAACAAAGCUUCCCUGAUUUGAAAUUGAUAUUUUAAUAGCACAUGUAAAUAUUGUGUGAUAUUUGUUUACAUGGACUUAGGAGUGGUCUUAUUUGUUGUUGAUAAACAACCACAAUUGGUGUUGUUCAGAGAGAUCAUUGUCCUGGACAAACUAAAAUACUGCAGACUGUUUCUUGUCCGUCUCAGCCAAUCAAUUUGCAAAAUUUACAAACAUUUCAGUCUUUGAAAACCAUUGACUGACACCGGUAUAUCUAUGUUCAAAUUAUGCAUACUAAGCAGCUGGAACCUUUGUUAUUGCUACUUUGAUCAUGCAUCAUUAAACAUUUUUGUCAAAUGGUCUGUGGGGCAUGACAAAGACAUUUUUGCUAUACAAUUAGUGGCAGCAGCAUUGCAGUCUUAUCAAAGGAAAACUUCUAUUCUGUAAAAAUACAGUUGCUUUCCUGACUGUGUCAUACAGCUUUAAACCAGAUUCAGACAUUAGUUCCUUUAUAUUUGUGCAGUAAAAUCACUGAUCUUAAACAAUUUUAGGACAUUGGUGAUCACAAUUAUUGGUAGGUGUUAUGAAUAGGGAUAUAGGGGUAUGCAUAGUUGCAGCAGCUUGCAUAUUAGUAAGCAGCUAAUAACACCUACAGUCUUUUUUUCUGGAUUGUUUCUUUAAUGCUGGUCUAUGAUGUGUUUGCAAAAUAUAUAUUAAUUUUUAAUGUAUUACUUAAUAUUAUGAUUUAUUUCCAGUGAACGUCGCAUACAGGAUUAUCUUAAACACACAUGUUGAAAAUAUCAUCUCAAAGUGAUUUCUGUAAAAUGUGUAACUGAACAAAAAAAAGACUGAUUAGCUGUAACAGAGUUUGAAGACGUUGCUUUUCAUGGUAAGUUGUCCCCACAGCUAAAGCUACGUUGUUAAAAUGUAAACAAACUGGACUGUCAGCAGCUUGACUUUCUAGUAGACGCUGGGCAUAAUAAAAUACAGGGGGAAUUAGAACACAUCUCUGAAUAUCACUUAAUGUUUGGAGCAGUGUUCGUAACAAUUUAGUAAUAGUUGAAAGAAUAUGAACAUCUCUAAUGGACAUCAAAAUAUGCCAAUAAAUAGUUCUUGUGUAUUUAAAAAAAAAAAAAAAAACUAUUGAAGGAUUAAUGUAAAAUAAAUCUAUAUAAAAUGUAUGAAAUAGCCUGAAGCACAGUGUUAAGAAUGUAGAAUAACUAGUACUAUGUAGUUCGCUUGUUCUGCUGCCUAAAAGGAGUGCAUGUAUGCUGCCGUAAGCUAUUGUGUUCUGAUUUUUGAUAUGUACAUUCUCAUAAUGUUGUGAUUUAAAUGUAGCAUUGCUUGUCUAACUGGAAAUGUACACAAUCUCAAAAAGGCUAGGUUUUAUAUUAUUGUGUAUUUUGUACUUUUUUUUUUUUUUUUAAAUGUCAAAUGUGCAAAAAACAUUUACAUCUCCAAAGGAGAACAAAUUUAAGAUUAUUGUCAGUUUUACUUUUGUUAAAACUUUUUUUUUUGUAAAAACUGCUUUUGUAAUAAAUAUGCAUGUCAAGUGUUUUAAA